GCUCCUUGUGGUCGACCCUUCUGACUUCCAUUCCGUUUCUCUGUACUGGAAGACGCAAGUCAGGUGGGCUCGCAGGUUGUUUCUGCAGGCGGGUUAUCCAGCACAGCACCGAAACCCGAAACCCGUAGCCUGCGUCGGGGGGAGGAACCACAGAGAGGAAGCCGCUCCCGCCUUCCUAGAGAGGAGACGGCGGUGGUUAUUGGCAGAGGCGCGGACUGCUGACGUCACGCCGGCGGGGCGCGUCCGGGAAUUACUCCCUUCCACAGGGCAGCACCCAGGCACCUGUCGCAAGGUUCGUGAGGGGGGCGCCGUGGGAAGUGCAUGUGCCUCAAAUUCCUGCCUGUCCUCAAGAGAAGAGCCCCCAGGAGAAAAGCCAGUAUUGCUUGUGUGCCUAACAACCUGUCUCUUGAGAGGCUGAUCAUCAGGGGUUCACUUUUGGAGAAGUUGAGAAUGCAGGCUGAACAAGGAAGAGGAAGGGGAAUCCUGCAAGGAUGAAUGAGAGGACAGCAAUGCAUGUGUGAUGUGUGUGAGCACACACACACAGUAACCUUUCCUAGAACAGUCUUACUCUAAUGAUAAUCAUCUGUGAAGAAAAAAAUUUUUGUAAGUAUGAAUUUGGUGUUACAAGCAGCAUGAAUUCCAGCCAAAUAUCACUCAAAAUGAAACAUCGGAGAGUUAACAUGCAGAAGAAACCUUCAAAGUGUAGUGAAUGUGGAAAGUUCUUCACUCAGAGAUCAUCUCUUACCCAGCACCAGAGGAUUCACAGAGGAGAGAAGCCCUAUGUGUGCAGUGAAUGUGGAAGUUGUUUCUGUAAACAGUCAAAUCUUACUCAACAUCUGAGAAUCCAUACGGGAGAGAAACCUUAUAAAUGUAAUGAAUGUGAGAAAGCCUUUCAAACAAAAGCAAUUCUUGUUCAGCAUCUGAGAAUUCAUACUGGAGAGAAACCCUAUAAAUGCAAUGAAUGUGGAAAAGCCUUUUGUCAGAGCCCAUCCCUUAUUAAACACCAGCGAAUUCAUACUGGAGAGAAACCGUAUAAAUGCACAGAAUGUGGCAAAGCCUUCAGUCAGAGCGUAUGCCUUACUCGUCAUCAGAGAAGUCAUUCUGGAGAUAAACCUUUUAAGUGUAAUGAAUGUGGGAAAGCCUUUAAUCAGAGUGCAUGUCUCAUGCAGCAUCAGAGAAUUCAUUCAGGAGAGAAACCCUACACAUGCAUUGAAUGUGGUAAAGCCUUCACUCAGAACUCUUCCCUUGUUGAACAUGAAAGGACUCACACCGGAGAGAAACUUUAUAAGUGUAGUGAGUGUGAAAAAACUUUCCGCAAACAAGCACACCUUAGUGAGCAUUACAGAAUUCAUACUGGAGAAAAACCUUAUGAGUGUGUUGGAUGUGGGAAAUCCUUUAGGCACAGUUCAGCACUUCUUCGACAUCAGAGGCUUCAUGCUGGAGAGUAAAAUUUGGAAUGUAAUGACUAUGGAAAGAUUUGUAUGAAAGCACCUUUUUUUCUCCUAAAUUCCUAGGAAUGUAAGACUCAAUCUGUAGCUAGUAUGAAUAUUUUGUAUUUUGAACAAAAAAAUGUUGUGUCCUAAUGUGUCCUAGCCUGGAGUUUGAUGCCUUAUCUGCUGCUCAGUGGGUGUAGCCUUAUCCCUUCUGAGCCUCAGUUUACCCAUCCCCCCAGUAGAAAAAUGGGGAUAUUUCCUAGGGUUGUCCUGCAAAUAAAAUGAGUUCUGCGUGACAGUUAACUACCAUUAAUUAGCCAUUCUAAAAGUUUAUUUACAAUAUCAAAAUCUGACAAAUCAGCAUUGUUGUUUGGUUCUCAAUGUAUUAUUUCUUAAGAACAUUUUGUAAUUGGGCUAUGAUUUUGUGAUUAAUCUACAGAUGUCUAUUUAAACUCUAAUGUCUAGGUUUAAAUAGGAUAAUACAAUCUAAGACUGGUUUGUCUUUGAGAAAUUUCAGAUUUAAUCAGAGAAAAAGGUACUGAUAGGAAUUUGAGUGGACGUUGUAAGGUAUAUUUCUGGGUACCCUCAAAAUCUUCAUUUACAUUUUGAUACUUUCUAUUACUAGGUCUAAUUUGACUUUAAGCUCUACGUUUCACUUUUCCAUUAAACGGAAAGCCUCCCUAACAUUAGAAUAAAGCCUCAUGUUGUGGGACUUCUGUGUGUAUUUAGGGUUGGCAGCAGAUGAUUAGGAGAAGGCAUAUGACAGUAGAGAGGACUGGAAUAUAGAGGAGAAUAUAAGCAUGUAGAUGAGGAUGUGGCUGUAUUUGUUUCCAGUUCUAGGAGCACAGCACCAAAUGUGGUCUCUUAAAGGAAGAUGAGGGUAGAAGAUGUUAAGAUCUCAAGUUCCAGCAGGCGAUGCCACUAACAAUUAGCCACUUGUCAAAGGAAGGAGAGAACAGUGUCUUGGGGAUGCUGAUGGGAUGGAGUGCCUAAUGGCUGUUAAAAGCCAUAAAAAAGCAAAGAAAUCAAAGGAUACUUUUGAUGGAGCUUUAGGCUAUGCUAAGCUCUUUAAUGUAGACAAGCACCUCUAAUACUAAAAGCACACUUGCAAGGAAGAUAGGAGUUACUAUUCACAUCCUAGAAUCAAGGAAAAAGAGGAGAUGUUUGAUUUGCUGAAAGUCAAACAGGUAAUGUCAGAAUUGAAUCUCAAAUCUAUAUCUUACCAAAAGUGUAGUUCUGGUUUAUACAAUACCAAAGUCACAUACAGGUAAUUUCCCACCAUUGAACCUUCCUGUUAGUGUGAGAUGCCAAAUCUGUGAAAACCAUUUUUAAACAGUAAAGACUUAUUUUUUUCAGCUUAAUGUGUGCUUAUUGAAAUACAUUGAUAAAAUUAGAGAAACGAAAAAAAUUAAAAUUGCAUGUUUUCAGCAAAUAGUCACCUUAGUGUAUUUAUUCUAGCCUUUCUUUUCUGCAUAGCUCUUUUUUCUUCCCUUUUAACAAUAAUUAGACUUGUACUAUAUUAGAGUACUAUAUAGAGUACUAUAUAGAGUACUAUAGCCUGCAUUUUUUUUAUUUUUUAUUUUUUUUGAGACGAAGCCUCGCUCUGUUGCCCAGGCUAGAGUGCAAUGGCACAAUCUCAGCUCACUGAAAGCUCCACCUCCCAGGUUCACGCCAUUUUCGGGCCUCAGCCUCCCGAGUAGCUGGGACUACAGGCGCCCGCCUGCUUUUUAACAUAACAAUUUAGUAAUAUGUUACAGACUUUCUAUAAACUUUAAUGGUUGCCAAACAUUUCAUUGGUCUGUUCAUAAUUUUUUGACCUGUUCCCUGUCUCUGUGAUAUUUAUAUUAAUGUUUUUUUCUUAUAAAUCAAAGAAUCUAACGGUGCCUGUCAUGGUAUGAGCUCCUGUUAGUAAUAUUAAUUUGGCAGUGAAAUAUCUUUGUAUAUAACGUUUUUACCAUCUUAAAAUUAUUUUCUGAGGAUUUUCAGAGGGUAUAAUUUUAUUUUUAAAAUUUAAUUCAUCUUUUUGACUUGAUAAUGUAAGCUUAUGGCUUAAAAUGUUAAAAAUAUAAAAGGUUGAACAGUGAAAAGUCUUCCACUCAGCCAUCCGCUUGUCCCCUCAUUCUAUCCUAGACAACCAAUAUUACCCAUUUUUUGUUUUUCUUACAAAGAUAUGAAUAAACAAACAUCUUUCUGUUAAAGACUAUUUUUUAGAGCAGUUUUGAAUUUACAGUAAAAUUGAGUAGAAAGUUCCCAUAUAUCCCCUGCCCCAAGACAUGCAAAGCCUGCCUAUCCUCCACCAGAGUGGUACAACCUACUUUGACACAUCAUUAUCACCCAAAGUCAUAGUUUACAUUAGGGUGCACUCUUGGUUUUGUAUAUUCUAUGGAUUUUGACAAAUGUAUAAUGAUAUGCAUCCAUCAUUAUAGUUUCAUAAGGAGUUGUUUCACCUCUCUAAAAAUUCUGUGUUCUUCCUAUUCAUCCCUCCGUCCAUGGUGACCCUUGGCAACCACUGAUUUUUUUUUUGGUUUUCUUUUUUUUUUGAGACGGAGUCUUGCUCUGUCAC